UGGUUUCCCGCAUUGCCAAUCUCUCUCUCUCUCUCGUAGGACGUAGAGGCCCACAGCCCUAGCGCCCCUCUCUCCUCGGAACCUAACGCGCCGAUCGGUAAUAUAUGGCGGCGGCGCCGGAGUCGGAGGUGGCGGCCGCGGAGGAGAUGAUGGCCGGCCGGGAUCAGGAGCCGGCGCCCGUGCCCGCGAGCGAGGAGGCGCCGCCGGCUGCCGCGGCGGGGACCAAUGCCACGGUGCCCGCGCUUUACGUGGGCGAUCUGCACGAGGACGCGCAGGAGGAGCACCUCUUCGACGCCUUCAGCAAGGUCGGCGCCGUCACGUCCGUGCGCGUCUGCCGUGAUACCGCCACAAGCAGCUCCCUCCGAUACGGCUACGUCAACUACUUCUCGCAAGCAGACGCCAUGACUGCUUUAGAGAAGAUGAACCAUAGCCUUAUUUUGGACAAGCCAAUUAGAGUAAUGUGGUCUAAUCGAGAUCCUGAUGCCCGGAGAAGUGGUGUCGGAAAUGUGUUUGUUAAGAAUCUUAAUGAUCAUAUUGACAAUGUGAUUCUUCAAGAAUUGUUCUCCAAGUUUGGAGACAUCUUAUCUUGUAAGGUUGCUAGAAAUGAUGAUGGGACAAGUAGAGGCUACGGAUUUGUUCAGUUUGCAGCACAAGAAUCUGCAGACAUUGCAAUAGAGAAUCUUAAUAACUCUCACUUUGAGGGCAGGCAACUGCAUGUUGCUCAUUUCAUUAAGAAAAGCGAACGAUCUGCCAAUAAUGAUGACAAGUACACAAACUUGUACAUGAAGAAUCUAGACGAUGACAUGACAGAGGAGCUUAUUAAGCUGAAGUUCUCUCAGUUUGGUCCAUUAAUUAGUGUGAAGAUAAUGAAGAGAGAUGAUGGGACAUCAAAGGGUUUUGGGUUUGUUAGUUUCAAAAGCCCAGAUAGUGCCAAGAAAGCAAAAGAGGCCAUGAAUGGGAUCCCUCUUGGAUCUAAAAGUUUGUAUGUGGCAAGGGCCCAAAAGAAGGCCGAAAGGAAGCAGUAUUUGCAGCUCUUGCAUGAGGAGAAGAGAAAUGAAAUACUCACUAAGAGCAAUGGUUCGAAUGUCUAUAUAAAAAAUAUUAGUGAUAGAGUUGAUGAUGAAACCCUUCGCGAACGUUUUGAUGAAUUUGGUAACAUCACAUCAGUAAAGAUUAUGCGUGAUGAUAAGGGUAUUAGCAAAGGAUUUGGAUUUGUAUGUUACAACACACCGGAUGAAGCAAAGUGUGCUGUAAGCAGCAUGCGCGGUGUUAUGUUUUAUGACAAACCAUUAUAUGUUGCUAUUGCUCAAAGGAAAGAGGACAGAAAAGCGAGGCUGGAGCAACGUUUUGCUGAACUUGCUACGAUGGUAGGAGCUGCAAGCCCUGUAAUUCCCACUGGUUAUCCUCAUGUGUACUUUGCCCAUCCUAGUACGCACUUCCCUCAAGGUCCUUCAAGACAAGGAUUUAUGUAUCCACCCAUGGGGCUCGGCCAAGAAUGGAGGCAGAAUGUGUUCCCUUCACCGCAUAACAUCCAACAAAUUCAUGCACCACUUAUGCCAAAUACCCCAAGGCAAUACAGAAACAACAGGGGACGGAUGACUGGGAACAUGAUGACUUUUCCCCACACAGUUAAUUAUGUGUCACAUGCACAGACAGCUAAAGAUUUCAUGUCCAUGUCUCGGCAGCAGUUCGGUCAUGCAAAGUACAUCCCAGCUGAUGUUAUGACCAGUGGCCUGGCCAUCCAUCACAGUGACCCUGUUUCAUCAGUGAAUGAUCCUUUCACUAGCUUGCUGGCUGCUGCUCCACCUGACCAACAAAGGAAUAUGCUCGGGAAUAGACUAUACCCAUUGGUCGAGAGAUAUCAUCCUGAACUUGCCAGUAAAAUCACUGGAAUGUUACUGGACCUAGAUAGUUCUGAUGUGGUUUUACUCAUUUGUUCGCCGGACAUGUUGUCUGCUAAAAUUAACGAGUGUGCCCAGCUGCUCCAAGGGCAGCAAGCGGCGAAAACUAAGCCUGAGGAUCAAGAGGCCCUGCACCCCGGCUUCCUUCUUGACUCUGCUGGUGUAAACGCCAACUGACGCUUCACAACCAAGCCAAGAGCGUUCCAUUUUUCUGUUCAGGGAUAUGCUAAUUAGAUAGCUGCUCUUCCUUGUUAGUUCGUGGAGUCUUACUGGUUGGUCUUAUGAAGUAACAUACAUGUUAUAGAAUAAUAAGUAGGAUUUAGCUAGAACCUUGCGAGUUUUUUCCCUGUCUUUUGAGAUUUUAUUAUGAGUAAACUUAUAGAAUAAACGAGCUGUGGUGGCUUUAAUAUGUUACUCUUUCUCUGACGCUAUGAAAAUUACAGCAUUCCUGA